AUUUGUCUACGUGUUUUUCACUGUGUGGUGUUUUUGUUUACAAAAUCGCCUUGCAAGCAAGUUAUCCAUAUUGUUGUUAAAUCAUUUUCAAACGAAAUUAGUUGCUGAAAUGUCGAGUCCCAAGACUGAAUGUGAACUUAAGGGGGGCCACCCCCCAGCAGUUAAAGCAGGUGGAAUGAGAAUUACACAGCACAAAACAAGAAAAGAUUCCGGCGGAUUGGGAGAAGAUACUACCGGAAUAACCGCAGUUUCCAGCAGCCCCCCAAAAACAACCACAAUUUCAGGGGCUGUCACCAAAGGCCAUGCCGAUUUUCCUGUUGAAGCUGUGCAGAGUUUUCACAAGGAAAAACCACCAGUCUCUCAUUCCAACUCCAAACCAGUUUGCCACAUCCAACAACCUAGGAAGUAGGUUGUUUUUAUUAGGUAUGACUAUUAUUGAUUUGUUAUGACGAUUCAUAGUUUGUAGUCCUAUUUUUUUUUACUAUUAUAAAGCAUAGAUAAAGCUUAUCACUUGUAAAACGUUCUAAGAAAUAAGUUUAUUAAAAAUUUCAAAUUUUAUUAAUAUGGGGCUUUAUAAUUUACUUAAUAAAACUUUUGUAAAACG